CCCGGAAUGACAGUCACGUCUCACAGCGGCUGCAGUUGGAGGUACAGCAGCAUGCUGCAGUCAAUAGAAUAGUUGAGGCACAGUACGCUUUGUACGGAGGAGUAUCACAACAGCAGCUGAAUCCCACACAAACAGGAAUCGUCAGCUAACUCUCAGUAACUCAAGGGCCGAGGGCUAGCCAUAUUAUUGAUGGAGGUAUACCUACGAGGGUAGAGAUCAGACAUCCAGCUCCAGACAGUCUGGACCUAUCAUCAAACAGAUUGGACAUAACUGGACAAUUCCACCAGGUCACUCACCGUCCUGGGAAGACCUACAUAUAUAUAUAAAAAUCUGGAUCUACAAUAUUACGUCUCCCUAUACGGAAAAAACCAACGCAAUUUUGAUUUGGCAUAAUAGCUCUUCAUACAGACCAAUAUUGGAGUAUUUCCUGAGGAGACAACUUCGCCGGAACUUUCGGUGCCAAUUUUCCUGUUGUUGAAUUCGACUGGAGUGACCAGAUAGCAAAUACAAUAGUGGACAGAGACUGACCAGUGAGGUGGAAAGAGAUAUUUAAAACAGAGUCAAACCCCUGCAGGCGCAGUGAUAUGGAUUUUGUCAGCUAAUGAAAAGUCGGAACAAGAGAUCAUAGGCACAGAUAGAGCUGAAGCAGGGAUGGUAUAGGAAGUGUUUAAAACAAGGGAACUGAUUCAUACCUAUUGGGGGUGUGUGCUGGCGGUCAGUGUGGACACAGGUGGUUAUCUCGUUGCUACCGGACUGGUCAUCUAACUAUGGUCAUCACACACUGGGUCAUUUGACACCACAUCUCACCUUUGAGGUGAUGUGAUUUCUGAAGAUUAUCUCUGGUAUAUGUUUUUUAAAAUCAUGGAAUCUACUUCUGUUUCUCGGAAUUUUGUGAUGGUUUUUAUGACAGUGUGGUAUUCGUCUGCAGUGGUUUUGGGCCAAGGUGUUGAGUACUAUCUACCAGAAGGCGAUCAAACGGACCGAUUCAUUGGCAAUGUAGCAUCGGAUGCCCGACUCCAGGAGGUGGUAGAUAAUACAGAAUUCCAUAACUUACGAUACAGCUUCCUAACAACGGGUAGUGAGUAUGCCUCUCUUUUCUCUAUAGACGAACAUACUAGCUUCUUAUAUACAGUCGGGGCAUUAGACAGAGAAACAAUAUGUGAGUUCUCUCCCUUAUGUGUCUUAUACCUUGAUGUAGCAGCUCAGUCCACCAUGGGCAGCUUUUUCAAAAAGAUCAAGGUCACCCUUUAUAUUGAAGAUGUCAAUGACAAUGCACCUAUAUUUGACAACCCUUCCAUAAGUCUGACCAUAUCGGAGGCGGUGCUUGUUGGGACAUCUAUCACUAUUGAUGGAGCCAGAGAUCGCGAUACGAGUGACCAUUACUCUCUCCAGUCUUAUAAUGUAACGCCAAGUACUUCGCCUUUUUCCAUUAAAUUCUUAAAGAAUUUAGACAGUACUUCUGUUGUCCAGUUACUGGUGAAGGAAGCUUUAAAUAGGGAAAUACAAGACUUUUACCAAAUCACAGUCACCGCUGAAGAUGGUGGCUCCCCACCGAAGUCUGGAAUUCUCAAGGCUAAUAUUUCCAUUUCUGAUGUCAACGACAAUUCGCCAACCUUUGGAAGCUCCUUCUAUAAUAUCACUGUUCGCGAGGACAUCAAUGUUUCAACGGUGAUAAUGGUCGUGUCUGCAUCUGACCUUGACCAAGGACGUAAUGGGGAUAUAUUUUACAGGCUAAGUCCGCACCAGGAAGUGACCAAUCUACAACACUUCAGUAUUAACAAUAAGACGGGUGAGCUAUACGUCAUCAAACCCAUCCAGUAUGUACCUGGGCAGGUGUACAAAAUCAUUGUGGAGGCCAGCGAUAAAGGUGACCAGCCCCUCACCUCGCAGACGUUCGUCCAUGUUUCUGUCACGGAUGUCGGAAACAGACGUCCAGUCAUCACCACCAAUCUUCUUAGUGGCCUUGAUAUUGCCAAGAUCUCGGAAUUCGCUGAUCUUGGUGCUGUCGUGGCGCAUAUAGCAGUGGAGGAUCCAAACUCGGGACGAAAUGGUGAGAUUGACUGUUGGGCCGAGGCCGAUGCUUUCUCUCUACAGAGGCUCGACGCUAAAGAGUUCAAAAUCGUUGUCAGUCAGAGUCUUGAUCGAGAGAUGCAGGAACGACAUGACGUGAAGGUCAUGUGUCAGGACAAUGGAACACCACCUUUAAACGACAGCGAUAGUUUUGUGGUGUUAGUUGACGAUGUGAAUGAUUCGCCUCCAAUAUUUACGUCGCUCUCCUAUAACGAGGAAGUUUUCGAGAAUAAUAAUUUCGGAGAAGUGUUGGUUCAGGUUCAUGCUUCAGAUGGGGAUAUCGGACAUAAUGCCAUGGUGUUAUAUUACAGUCGCAGUGAUAACAACUAUGUCAAUGUUGAGGCAUUGUCUGGGAUCAUCCGGGCCAACAUGUCAUUUGACCGAGAGACCACGCCAACCAUCGAGUUUGAGGUACUCGCCAUUGACCAAGGUGAGCCAGCUCAGACAGGCACCGUAACUGUGACCUUGACCAUCAAGGAUGUUAAUGAUGAAGCACCCGUAUUCAGUAAACCAGUUUUCGUGUUUGAGAUCUCAGAAAACAAACAUGCAGGGACAAAUGUUGCCCAGAUUGUUGCUACAGAUCGUGAUGAGGGCGACAACUCUAAAAUCGCCUACUCUAUCGUAUCAGGACAAAACCAGAUGAUUCCAUUUUUCCUUUUUCCUAAUGGACAAAUAAAAAGUGAUCGAGAGCUUGAUCGGGAAGUACAGAGUGUUUAUGACUUUAUCGUCCAAGCAGAAGAUAUGGGCAGACCCUCUAAGAAUAGCUCAGCACGUGUUAAAAUCAUAGUUUUGGAUGAAAAUGAUAAUGUACCAGUUAUAACUGCUCCUAGUUCUACAAAUAACAGUAUCUCUCUCUCCUUGAAUACAGAGAUAGGGACAAGAGUCACAAUCAUUAGAGCGUUUGAUUUGGAUGAGAAAGAGAAUGGAUUAAUUAGAUACUUCAUAACACAACGAAAUGACUCUGACUUGUUCGAAUUAAAUGAAAAAACAGGAUCACUUAUUUUGAAAAGGAAAAUUUCACAGAAAUCUGGAGAAACAAUUGUUUUGGAUCUAAUGGCAUCUGAUCAAGGAAAACCGAGACUCACAACAACGCGGAUGUUAUUCAUCAAAAUUACCUCCCCUACUUAUUUCACGGACACUAUACAGCGAAAUGUCAUCAUCGUCAUCAUCUUAUUGGCUGUCACAGCCGUGUGUUCUGGGGCCAUUAUAAUAAUAAUUUGUGUCUUGCGACGAAAUGAUCGUGAAAGGAAAGACAAAGAAAAGGAGAUAUACAAACAAGCCACGUCCCUGGAGGGGGGUGUCAGUGUUUUCUCUCUCCCGGAGGAUGAUUCCACUCUCGGGGAGAAAAAGAAAAAAAAGGAAGUGAGUUUCUCCCUUGACGACGAGGAUAUGCUUCAGAUUGCUGACCCAAAUCAACUAUCCGCAAAAAAUAACAACCUGGCAUUGGAAAAGCCAUUUGAAAGCAAAAAUUUUCCCAAGAAACAGGAUGACAAUCACAGUAUCGUGUCCGGCGACACAAACGCUAGUGACAGUGGGCGUGGCGGCAGCGACGACGAAAACCAUGCACCGAAACCCCCACACACCACAAGUACAUUCCAUGACCCAAUUCCUCAGAAAUCAUGGUUCGAGUUCCAGAGGCCGCAGAAUCGGGAAAUGCAGACUUUUUCGUUACAUCGCCCUGGGCCUGGUUCUCCUUCUACGAGUUCCAAGCCCGCAAGUUACCGUGACUUUUUGUCUAAUUCUGUCUCCAAUGUACAGAUACAUGUGACUGCGGAGAAAACUCACCGGCCAAAAAAUGGCCUCAAUAACAUCUCGUUUGACUCGGGCAAAUUCUCGCCCGCUCCGACAAUAGAUAUUUCGCAGGACUAUCGGGAUUGUGUCGUAUGACAUCCUGUUUUGUGUGGGUGGACAACAUUUUUAUAUUACGUGAAGAAAUUAUAUCGGCUUUAUUGUGUUCAAGUGCUCGUUUGCUGGAAAUUCAUACGAUUCCUAAAUUUCUACAACUGGAUAACAUCAAUGUUAAUUUGCUGUAUCAUAUUCGUACAAGUCUAUGCGAAAUCGUGUAGAUUGUCGAGACGUUUCAUCUUGAUCCUGUGAUGACGUAGGUUACCCAUAACCAGCUAGGAGGUCGAGGUCACAUAGAAGCUGUCUGAAAAGGUCAAGGUCACUGUUCUUGAAAUUCAACAAGUAGAAAGACAAUCAGUCCGGAGUCAUUAAUGAAGCUAAUCACAAGAAUGUUUAAAAGUCAUGCAACAAGGAAAUUUUGUUUAAUCAUCUAGCCAUUAGGGAUUCUAAAACAAAAAUGGAGGAAUGGAGAGUUGGAACCAAAAUCGGGGAAAAAAAACCAACAACUUCAAAACGCCUCCUCACGGCCCAUUUCCAUGACUACCACUGAAUGACGAUCUUGCUUGAUGUAGUAAUUGCGACUCAGCUUGCUUACCAUCGGCCGCACUGCUGUACAUUGAAGAGAUCUGGGUUUGACACUUAUAAGGACAAGAUGCUUCGAUGAUGUACAGCUCCGAGACCGCGUAACUGAGCAGUCGUUUGUUUGGUGCCAUCCAGCGCCCGUAAAUAACACCGCACAAAUGCCAUCGAGGAUGAAAACAAUUGUGUUUUUAAUGGCAAGACAGUGGAGAUUGGGUGAAAUAGGAAUUAGAAGAGCUAUUAUCCGAAUUGGGAAAGAGGCUGACAAGACAUUAGUUCGUGUGUGGACCUAGGACUUAUGGGUGAUCUCUUGUCUACAUCUUCGGAACAUAAAUCAUAUCUAUUGUCCCACGAUUGCCAGCACACAAUCUAACCUCAUAUACACUCUUACACUAGAAUCACCGAAAUUGUUCUUGCGCUCGCCGGAUCCAUUUGUUUUAGAUAGCACUGGUGUGUUGCCUCCUGGAGAUCAAUAGCGAUAAGGAGGGUUUUAUAUUAAACGUUCCUGUACCUAUUUGGAACCCAUACAUUUCCCACCAAUAUUACAUUGUAAAUUGUUCGAGUAAUCGGACAGAAGUAAUGUGAAGGCUCCGGCAGGCGUAGGGGCGCUGGCUUGGUGGGAGUCUGGGAGGAUGUCCGCUGUGUGAUGGGUUGAUAGUGCAAAUUACAUGUCACGUUGGUGACAUAUGGAGGGGAACACUCAAUGGAUUCUAACAUUCCUCGCUCGAUGUACAAACCAAGUCGGGACAAUCAUUCUACCAGCGAAAACCGUUGCAUGCGAAUACCAACAAUUACACAGCUAUACAUUAGGAUUGUCAGGAAUGGUAUAAGUUCUCCUUAGGGGUGUUGUUUAUCAGAUGAAAAUGUUUUAUCAGAUGAAAUUACUUACAUAAAAACAAAUUAUGUCAUUACGAAAGGUCGCGGCUAACAUAAAUAUAUGAUAUUAGGAAAUUGUGCGUGAGUUAUGUGCCAAAUGUGUAAAUAUUUUUGUAUGUUGUUCGAGACAAGGUUUACUUCGCUGUGUGUGUUUAAGCGUCGUAGCAUGAGCUGAUGUUUGAAAAGGGAAAACCAUGACAGUUAAAGUAGGAGAUGCUGCAGACGGCCUCCUGUGUCAGAUCUGGUCACACUGGCUCAUGCAUCACUAGAUCCUAACCGAGUUUUGUUUUGUGUAAUUUAAAGCUUACAGUUACGUUAGAGAAUGGAUGACUGCCUCCUGAUGGGAGAGCUAAAGUGUGGGAGUAGUUAUAGGGGCUAGGUGUUUUCUGUAGGGUAAGGAAUGGUGAUGAUGAUCGUAGUCCACCACUCUACAGACUGUACCAUGUGAUGCUGAAGUAAUACAGACACUAUACUACCAAUACAGUGGUUGAUACAGAAAUCGGCUUCAUUUUCCAGUCUUUCCCCUAAAAUUUAUCAUUUAUCCUCACAGCACCCAUUUCUCCUUAGAGGCUGAGAGUAGGGGGAUGGCCCGGGGCUAACGUUUUGAUAAAGAGCUAUAUAAACUAUAGCUAUACACCCUCUUCCACAAUCCUUUCCAAAACCUCUGCAGUGUAACAGAAAUCUGCUGUACAAUGCUUUAACUAAUUCACCCCUACAUAGCUAAACUGGACUUGCUCAGUCUUUAAUUUCUUAAGGUUCCAUAUGUGACUUUAGGGGUGAAUGGGUUAAGACAUCACAGGUUUGCUUCUCUCAUCCUGGGAUAUAAUUACCAUAUUCAAUCUAACAAAAAAAUGAAUAUAAAAAAAAAGAACUUAAUUGUCACCUGGUAGUUUGAGUAAAUUAGGAUGGUUUCAAAACCUUCAAAAAUUCUCAAAAUGAACUAUAAUCAACUUUUUUUUGCAAGCACAAUAUAUAAGUCGGUAAACAAUGUUAAAGGGGAUAAAAUGCUCGGUUUAGAAUAAAAGAGAGGGCCCAUGGGCACUUAUCACGCUGACCAUUUAUUUAGGUGAAUACGGUAUACAUUUUUACCAAACCACCCUACCAGUAGAUGAAACCUGACAUUAUCAACAUCAACUUGUGGGGGGUCUGGUCAGAUAUGACAUUGUAUCAAUAAAACUAGGGGUUCAUGACAGAGAAAUCAGUUUUCUGAGGAAAUAAGAUCAUACAAGAAAUUGCAAGAUGUUCUUAAAAGUUCUUAAGUUUCAUUGCAAACUGGAAGCUGCUAUAAAAUGUGAAGGGUACAGUCUGGUGAAAGAUGUAUGUUGUAUUAACCAGUUUUUAGAGUUUCUGUUCAUGAAUACGCCAUGCGUGCUAGUCAUUGGUCAGCAAUGCUAAGCUUUGACAAAUUCCCAAGACAAUUAUUUUUUUGAGAAAAAAAAUGCAUAACAAUUGCAGCCUAUUUGGGAUGCAUAUGUCUUUUACAAGUAGGACACUUUUUGUCCUUUCCUUGUUGUUUAUAUGUCUAUCUGCAAAAAAUUCAUGAAUUUUCCAAGAGGCCUAAAUCUAGAUAAAUGGUAUUUUGCUGCUUUAUAUUGGGUAAUGACCAUAGGUUUAAAGUGUAGUCAGCUUAAUGCAUUACAAUAAAAAAAACUGUUGUGUCUCUAUAUAUGUGUCAUGAAGCAUGAAAUAGACUUUUUAAAUUUUCAAUGUGUUAACCUCAACCAUUAUAUUUUUUCCUGAAGUCUUAUUUUAGGAAAAUAUUAUUGAAAUAUAUGACAAAGUCAAAUAUUGCACAGGACGGUAAGAUUUUAUUGUGAUCACAAUUUAAACAGAUAAAAUGGAGAAUUUAAAUUACAAAUUUUGAUGUUAAGCUAACAAGACUUUGCAGGCAAGAGAUUUAUGGGGAGGUUGGAAACAGCUGAGAGCUGGGUGUUACACAGUCUAGGGGAAAAUUAUAUGGAUGACCGAUUCUGUCAGUCCAAAAUGCUUUAUUGUCACAGUGAAAUUGCAAUUUCUCCAUGUAUUAGAUAUAUGCGAAUACUACAAGACUUUUAAAAAGCUUUCUGAUGUUCUUAGACAUGCAUAUUCUAAUGAAAAAGAUUUCAUGGUUUGUGUGUGUUUCAUUUUCUUAUACUGUAAAAGUGGAAAUUUUUGCGGUUUUGAAAUGUUCAUGCUUUUCAUGUUCAGUAAAUUAGCACAAAAAUAUCUGCAAAUGAAAUUUAUGUAUAGAUUAUAGUUGAACAGAAUGUAUGUACUUCAGACCUAGCUUAGUGUGAACACAAAAAUUUCCACACUGCGAUAGGUUUAAAGGGUCACAACGGGAACAUUUAUUUCCACAUGCGAAAAUGUCCAAUUUUACUGUAUGUGCUCACCUCGGCAGCCAUCUUGGAUUUUAAAAAAAAUAAUGCUUUUGUGUGCAAUGCAUUAAAUUCCUUUCUGUUAAACCAGAAAUGCGUCUUGAAGAAAUGUCAGUCGUCAUGUCGAAAUGUCAGCUGUCAUUUAGAAGCUAAAUCUUCAUCAGUAAAACAUACAGUGAACAUUAGCUUAAAAUUCUUAAGAAGAUAAUGUGUGAAUAUUUUUUGUGAACACACCUCCUCAAAUUAACAUACCUGUGGUACUUCAGAAAAAAACUUAAUUUGAAAAGCAGUUUUGAAUUCUAAAGGAACGAAAGUGUGAACAUUUUAAAAUCAUUUCCUUCUCAAAAUUACCAUACUACUGGAAAGCUUACACAAGCAGUGUGUCAAGGAAAAAUCCAGAUGGAGUGUUUUUUACUAGUAAAACUUUUUAAUCUAAUUGCAUCUUAAGCUUCGACACAGAAAUGCCUACAGAGGCAUGCACAGUGACAAUGUUCAAGUGGAAGAGAUGAGGAAUGAAAAAUUCAUCACUUAUUCAAAUAAUUAGAUUCAAUUGUCAAAAUUGAUUUGAGAUAUUCUAUUUUUAGAAUUUCCAUGAUAUUGGUACAUUUGUAAAGAUGCUGUGUUUGAGGAAAUUAUGAUGACAUAACAGCAGAAAGAAAUAUUGUGUACUGAUGAAAGCAAUUUUGUGUGAAAGAGGAACAAGUUUUUUAAAAUUUGCACCUGGUGAUAGACACACUAUGUACUUGUAGAAUUUCAUGGAUCAAUAUCAUACGGCAACAGAUAUUCGUCGUUAGAUACAUGGCCAUCGAUCCCCCAAGCAUCUCCUCCUCGUGUUCCAGGUCAUUCUUCUGUCAGUCCUAAUAUCUUGCCUAGUAUUAUAACACAUUUAGAGAGAUGAAAUGAGAGUAACGAUAUAUACAGUACAGUGACACCUCUUUACACUGCCAUUGUAUUUAUUUUUAUUUUCAAAAACUUGCAUAAAAAGAGUGUGGCGAUAUGACAAUGGAGCUUUAUAGAGAAACUAAUGAGAACAAAAAACUUUGUGCUGCUUCAAAGGAGCAUAUAAAGAGAUUUGGUAAAAAAACAAAUUUUCAUAAUUUUACAAAUGGAAAAUUUGUCAAUAAGCGAGAUGGUAAAUGGAAUGGGCGGCAUUAUAUGGAGGUGUCCGAAAUAUACUGUACAAGGUUACAUGAUUUUUUUGUGUUUUUAUUCUUUUUGGUAAUUUGUUGUUGCAUUUGCUGGAUGUUUUUAACAGGAGUUGCAUUCAUGAACCUUUAAAUACAUGUGAAUUGUUAACACUGCCAUGUGAUGAGUGCAAUAUUUUGUGUGUUUGUAUGACUAACAGUGUGUAGCUUUAUUAAACUCCGAGAAUUGUCAAUACAUGCAGAUUUGAUCUGUUGGAAUUAAUAAGAUAUUAUAAUAUAGGACCACGAUCCAAUGGAAUCGUAAGAUAUUAUAACAUAGGACCACAUCUCAAUGGUCGAAGUUUGUUCAUUCCACCUUUAGAGAUAGCAUUCCUGAGUACGAUCUUCAUGAUGAUAAACUCCACAUACUAUUGGAGACUUAUAAAUUAUUGUAAUUUAUGUCUCUGAUUAUUUAUACCUGCUCAACAGCUCCCAACACAGCUAACAGUUAAAUUCCUUAUUGCUUGUCAUUUGCAUUAAGACUUUCAUCUUCUUCAUCAAGGAAAUUGUAAACUUCAUGAAAAAUUUAGAUUUUCUGAAAUUAAGUAAGACAGUUAUGUAUAUAUUUAGAAGAAAAUCAAUACUUUGUGCUUCAGUGAAAUAUAUAUUGCGGCACAUUGAUGCCGUUGCUGUUCUGAGAUCCCUUGUGCACCAGUGAUAAGUUCUAAACCACACAAACAUGCCAGUUUUUGAUGUUUACUCAUCUAAAUACCUGUGUCAGAAUGCCUCUUUUGUAAAUUUAUAUGUGUCGGCUCAAAGAUCAAAAUAAAUAUUUAUUUUUAUUGCU